GGGGGAGGAGAGACACCGCGAGGCGAGGCGGGCUCAGCCGCCGGAGUCUGAGGAGGAAGAAAGCCGGGGGGAGCGCUCCAUUUUCUGCCAACAUCUCUCCUGUGCUGGAGGAUUAUUCCGAGGACCCAGAGCCCCGUUCAGCCUCGCGGUUUCCUCUGGAGGACGUCACCGGAGACGGUUAUCCAGGGUCCCGUGAGAGACCGACUCGUUUAAGGGAAUCCACCUUUACUAAAACAACACUGUCUGCUCUCAAACAUGGGCUAUAAAAAGGAACUAUUCAUUCUUGGGUUUGCCUGUUUGCUGUUAAAAUGCAACAAAUGUGCUGACAAUAUAAAUGAGUGUGAUGACGUACAGCAGGCGUGUGGCAGCAACGCAGACUGCUUCAACACAGCAGGCAGUUACUUCUGUCAGUGCAAGGACGGCUUUGAAAACAAAUAUGGGAAACCGAAUUUCACAGGAGCACAUGGGUUUUGCAUAGAUAUAAAUGAAUGUAAUAAAAACCCAACAAUCUGUGGCCGCUUGGCUCAUUGCAAAAAUCAGAUGGGGAGCUACAUGUGCAGCUGCAGUUAUGGGUACGACACCAAUGCCACCAAUAGCACCACUAUGAACUGCAAAGAAAAAGAUGAAUGUGAGGAAGCUGCAACCAAAGGGGAGAAGAUCUGUGGAGAUCAAGGGACUUGCAGGAACGUUGAUGGGAAAUAUUGGUGCGAAUGUGCUAAUGGGUAUUCCAACUAUGGCAAUAAACAGACUCCAUGCUCAAGGCUCAACUGUGAUGGCUUCAGCGCUGGUAAAGGACCUGCACUGUCGCUCGGAGGUCUGGCUGAGAUCGAGUCCAUGAUGAGAAACAGCUGCUUGGCUCUGUCCAGUCCAACUGCUGCCGGUGAAGGGAAACCAGAUGGAAACACACUUCUUGAGAAACUUUUGACAGCAACCGAGCAGGUCCUGUCUCCAAGGCCUCUGACAGACAGUCAAAGUGUGACGAGGCUGCUUGGAACGUUGGAGCGCUCUAUUUUACUGAUCGGACCUCAGCUCAAAGGCAACAGCACCAACAUGGGGACAACGGAGACUGAUGUGCAGAUUAAGGUUCAAAGAGGAAAAACCCGACCAACCGGGCCAGUCCAUCUGACCAGUGGAAACGCCAGCCUCAGCACUGACUGGGAAACAGCAGCGGGUACUGGAACAUACCCCGGUUUUGCUAUGGCAGCGCUGCUAAGCUACAAGAAGCUUGAGGGGUCUGUGAAUGGGUCGUUUGAGGAGCUUGAAGAAAAGGGAAGCCCAGAAACUUCCUUCCAGGUCUUUUCCAAAGUCGUUUCAGUUGUAGUUUCCAACCCGUUCACUCAGAACUUGAGCCGCUCCGUCAGCAUCACCCUCAGACAUCUACAGGACACAGAGGAGUCUCCGGGGCUGCUGUACAUGUGUGCAUACUGGAAGGAGAGUGGCGCCUGGUCCACAGAUGGCUGCUUCCAACAGCAGUCCAAUAAAACACAUACUGUAUGUGUUUGCAACCAUUUGAGCAGCUUUGCGGUGCUGAUGGCCCUUUACCCAAUAGAGCCUAGUUUUGAACUGGAGCUGGUGACCAAGAUUGGGCUGGGCAUAUCCCUGCUGUGUCUAGCUUUAAGCAUCUUUACGUUCAAGUUUUGCCGCUCCAUACAAGGGACUCGCACCACCAUCCAUUUGCACUUGUGCAUUUGCCUCUUCAUGGCCGACCUCUUCUUCCUGGCUGGUAUUUCACAAGUAAAACCAGAGGCCGGCUGUAGGUUUGUUGCAGCUAUGCUGCAUUUCUUCUUUCUGGCUGUGUUCACCUGGAUGCUACUGGAAGGGGUCCAGUUGUACCGGAUGGUGGUCCUAGUUUUCAACGCCACGAUUCGGCCCCUCUACAUGUACGUCACGGGUUAUGGGACGCCUCUCGUUAUCGUCCUCAUAUCUGCAGUCAGCAGACCAAACGGAUACGGCACGGAGCACCACUGCUGGUUAUCCCUGGAGGACGGCCUCAUCUGGAGCUUCUUCGGCCCCGUGUGCUUCAUAAUUCUUGUCAAUGUUGUUUUCUUUAUCUUCACUGUAUGGAAACUUGCCCAGAAGUUCUCCAGCCUCAAUCCAGACCUCUCCAAACUGCACAAGAUUAGAGCUUUCACAGUGACCGCCGUCGCACAGAUGUGCAUCCUGGGUCUGAUGUGGGUGUUCGGGGCGUUCCUCUUUCAGGAGGGAACAGCAGUGAUGGCAUACAUUUUCACCAUCCUCAACAGCCUGCAGGGGACUCUGAUUUUCAUCAUGCACUGCCUGCUGUCUAAGCAGGUCAGAGAGGAGUAUGCGCUCCUGCUCUCCUGCAUCUGUACGCCACAGAAGAGAUACUCCGACUUCAGCAGCACCAACCCAUCCAGCAGUCAGUCGCAGGGAUCCCGGAGUGGACAGCACACAGGAGAAUCUCCUAUAUGAAGAGCUCAAGGAGACGACUUUCACUCAGUUUGGACUGAAACUUCUAUUCACUCUGUAUAUAAUGGAUGUCUUCAAUUUUGUGUUUUCUCUUUGGAUAGUCUUAUAGAGAAAGAGCAUGCAUUUAAACGAUUACGAUGGCAACAUGUGUAAGAAAAAAAGGAUUCUUCUGUCUUUACGGUCAACCUGUUAAUGCUGGUCAUGAUAGAGUUCAAAUCCAUGUCGUUUCUAUUUUUGCAUCAAAAAGGUUUUAUUCUUCUUUGAGAUUGUAUUUUUAUUAUGUUAUGGAACAAAUGGGAAACUUGUUAAAGAAUAUUUUGGAGAUACUGCUGUUUAUUAUAGUUUUUUAUUUAUAACUUCUGUAUAUCUAUAAAGAUUAGAGAACUUUUUCUUUUACUUUUACUUUGUGGUACCUAAAGCCUAAAAUUAUUGUUUUUAUUUUUACAUCAUAUAAGCUGCUGAUUGCACCAUCAAACUGGGACCAAGUUUAUGUCUAGAAAUGCAUCAAUGAAAGAGAGCAGCCAGCCAGUCAAUUAAGUUUAUGUGAUAUAAUGUACGUGAAGCUCAUUAGUGCUGACUGUGAGUCAAAAGGGAAAAUCUUUUGAAAGGAUUCGUGGAUCCACUCUGACCACACAGUGCAGGUGUCAGUCCCUCCAGGAUUUCACCAUGUUGCAAUUGCAACUAUUAACGCAAAUUCGAGCAAACUCCGCAAUUUGUUGCUCACCUUGCAACUUCUACUGUGACAAAAGUCAUGAUAUUGACGCAGCUUCGUGACUUUGUCCCUUCAGAAUCCUUCCUGGGAGCCGUGCUCUUUUUUAUUAACUCUCUUUAGCUCUCCGUCUUCUCUGGUGAGCCUGCACACCCACCAAGUGGGAGCGCACAGAGUGUGCACGUUUGUACGUUUGCGUAGACUUGAGAGGGCGGGGGGGGUCGUGCUGAGUGCGUGCGGGUGCAGAGCGGUCCGUCACGCGCAGAUAACAACAUGAAAAUCUAGACCUAAGUCUGGAACUAUUUCACUUUUCUUAAUAAUACAAAAGAAAAGUGUAAAGGAGGAGUGUCAAACUCAAUCACACAAGGGAC